AUGACCGAAACCUUCAGAGAAACCACAGCAGCAUGGCACGAAGAGGAUCCAGAAGAAAUAGUCUCCUCGGCUGAAAAAUGCAUUAACCAGACAACCAAAGCCAUCGUUUCUCAAGGAUUCUCAAUCUCGGAUAUCCAAACAAUAGGCGUGACUACUCAGCGCGAAACCAAAGUUGUAUGGGAUUGGGAAACGGGAAAACCACUACAUAAUGCCAUUGCAUGGCCAGACACGCGCACCACCUCCCUAGUCAGAGAGCUGAAGCAGUAA